CCCGCACUCCAUCCAUUACAAGGAUUGCUCCUCCCUUCAUCCACAAAUAGUCAAGCAGAAGGUGUGUCCUCGAGCUUUCUUCACCAGAGGAAACUCUUCUCUGCGGAAAAGCAGUAUUGCCGAAGUGAAACCCAACACAUUUCAAAUGAGGAUGACUGGCAGACUGUUCCUCCUCACUCUCUCUAUUCUCUCUGGCCCGCUGAGCUGCUAUGGCUUCAAAAUUUGUGCCUUCAAUGUUAAGAGUUUUGGUGAUUCAAAAUCAGCCGAUGUCAAAAUCAUGAAUUCUAUAUCACGGAUUGUAUCUCGCUGUGACAUAUGUUUGCUCCAGGAGGUCAGAGAUCAGAAAAAUAUAGCUAUCCCGCGCCUGCUUACUCUACUCAACAGGUAGACAAUAUGCAAAUAUAAAAAAAAAACAAAUCUGAAAUCACUGUAACCUAUCAGAUUUAGGAGAUAAACAAAUGUACAGUAAAUGCUGUUAAUUUUCCCCCCUAGAUUUAAUGAUUAUGACUAUGUGGCAAGUGAACGUCUCGGGAGAACACCAAACUAUCAGGAGCAAUACGUUUUUGUUUAUAGAAAAAGUGAAGUGAAGCUGAGAAACCAGUAUCAGUAUCCAGAUACACAAAAAGGGGAUGUAGAUGCUUUCUCCAGAGAACCCUUUUUGGUACAUUUCCAAGCCCCUAAAACAGUGGCCAAGGAGUUUGUCUUGAUCCCACAGCACACCACUCCUUCAAAUGCCACCAAAGAGAUUGACGAGCUCUAUGAUGUCUUUGUGGACAUUAGAGCACGUUGGAAAAUUGAGAAUGUGAUGUUCCUUGGGGACUUCAAUGCAGCUUGUGGUUAUGUGGCUAAAAAGAACCGUAAGAACAUCAGACUCCUCUCUGACCCGUCUUUCAUCUGGCUGAUUAAGGAUGACAUGGACACUACUGUGAAAGAGUCAACUGACUGUGCAUAUGACCGAAUUGUUGUGCACGGAGAGCUGUUUCUCAGAACAAUCGAACCGUUAUCAGCACAGCCGUUCAAAUUUACAAAGGAAUUAAAACUUACAGAGGCAGAGGCUCUAGAAGUGAGCGAUCACUACCCCAUCGAGGUGGUACUCAAAACUCUGAAGUCAGGGUCCUUCGGACGAAACAGCAAAGCUUCGUGUCUUCUGCCUACAGCGUUUAUCCUGAACAUCCUACUGCUACUGCAGAUGAUCUUAUGAACACAAACAGACCAGAAGUGGACUAUUCAUCUCAUCUAGAUGAAGUGAAGAUUUUACUUCGCUGUUACACAGCUGUUAUGUACAUUAGCUCAUACAGAUCCACAACCGCGUCUAUAUAAUGCACUGGGAAUAGUGGAUGUGACUGAGCAUUACGUUUAAUAGCUUCUAUAAAAUUGAUCAUUUGAGGAUUUUACUUUUUCAUUUAUUAAUACAAGUAAAACGUGUUUCUGUAGAUCGCUUUUA